AUGUUCUUGCAUCUUUUCUCGGUUUGUAACCUUAACUCAGAAGAAACCAGUUACAAGGCCUUCGAUGAAGUAGAUGGGAUAGAAGUCGCAUGGAACCAAUCACCAAACUCCCUGGAGAGGCUCUACUCUGAAGUGCGUCUUUUGAAAUCAUUGAAGAACAGUAAUAUCAUUAGGUUCUAUAACUCAUGGAUCGAUGAUAAGAACAAGACAGUCAACAUAAUAACUGAGCUUUUCACUUCAGGGAGUCUCAGACAUUACCGCAAGAAACACAGAAAGGUGAACAUGAAGGCUGUCAAGUGUUGGGCGAGACAGAUACUAAUGGGUUUGAGAUUUCUUCACACCCAAGAGCCACCCAUUAUACAUGGGGAUCUCAAGUGUGAUAACAUCUUUAUCAAUGGGAACCAUGGAGAAGUGAAGAUAGGUGAUCUUGGUCUAGCUACUGUCAUGGAGCAAGCUAAUGUCAAAAGUGUUAUUGGUAUAGUUUUCUUGACAUUGCUCACCUAUUCACUCUUUCUGCAAAGACCACUGAACUGUUACAAUGUUACCAACAGGAACCCCAGAGUUGUGAGUGUUCUCAACUACAAUGCCACCAGAAGAUUCAAGUUGUGA